GCCAACAACACUCGUAAACAACUACAUAUUAGUGCAUCCUUGUACCUUACCUUUUAUAGUAGUAAAUCUUUGAGUUCUCUAUCUAGAUAUGCCGAGGAGAGAGAAGAGGGAGGGUGUCCGUUUGAUUAGGGACAACAAAAACCGCAGCAUCACCUUUUCCAAGAGGCGUGAUGGUUUGUACAAGAUGGCAUGUGACCUCUCCGUCCUCACGGGCGUGAGGGUUGCUGUCAUCCUGGAGAUGGAGUCCGGAAGAAUGCACUCAUUUGGGACGCCGUCAGCGGCACCCAUUAUUGAUGCUUUCUUAUCAGGACGUCCACUUGUUGAGCCCUUAGCUGAUGAGGCAACGAAUGCUAGGAUUAGAAAGCUACAGAGGGAGGUUGCUCGACUUGACAUGGAAACCGUGACACAUGAAAAGAGAGCAGAACUCUCCCUCGAGCAAAUAAAAAAUAUCAAAGACGAGAACCCAGGUAUGGUCGCAAAUCUUAUCUUCUCCAAGGAAGAAGACCUCAGUCUUGAAGAACUCAACAAGAUCUUCAAUGAACUUCUACGGGUCCGGGAGGACAUUAGACGUCGUAUGCCUCCACUUCAUCCUGGUAGUGAACCCUCGACUGAUGAUGGUCCAAACAUACCAAGGAACAGGUUGCCGCUAAGAAGCCCAUCAUGGGAUUACUUGAAGAGUCGUAUUUCAUCCCAACAACCAUCGUCAUCUCAUUGUAUUCCAACUCAGCUGUUGUCAUCGGUUCCACUACCAUCAAAACCACAAGACACGACGGGACCACAUUUUCCUAUGCAGGUAUCGCUCCGGUCCACACCACCACCUUUGGCACCUUGUUCAACGUCCCACCUACAACCAGUUGUUCAUCAGGUACAAAAUUUACCACCGCCACUUAAGCCACACCAUUAGAAUUAUACACAUGUCCUUAUCGCAAAUCAAACUAUCUUUUCAUGUGCAGGUACCACAAAUA